UUGUCGCAAAUGUUCGCACGGACGGUGGCGCCCUCCCCUCAGUGCACACCUAUAUUUUCAAGCGAGACUUUACUGAACUUACAGCAGAUGUCAGCACUCUAGCGAGUAACUUUUGUAGAUGUCGUUCUAAAUCCAUAUAUUCUUUAUGAUUCUAUACUUUUGGGGUUUCUUUGAAUUGCUUUCUAGAAAUUUCAGUUUGAAAAUUUCUUCUGAAAAACACAGUUUUGGUCGAGUUUGAAAUUGGAACUAUUAUUUCAGAUAAAAAUAUAUUUCUGAAAAUGGCCUUGUGCAUUAUUCGGUCACGAACUUCCUUUUCCAAGUGAGGCGAUCAUGGCGGUCGGCAAAAGCAAAAACCAGGGAAAAUCUGGCAAGAAGGGCGGGAAGAAGAAGGUGGUCGACCCCUUCACCCGCAAGGAUUGGUAUGACAUCGUCGCGCCUUCCAACUUCAAGGUCCGUCAGAUGGGGAAAACCCUCGUCAACAGGACCCAGGGCACAAGGAUCGCGUCGGACGGUCUGAAGGGCCGCGUGUACGAGGUGUCUCUGGCUGACCUGCAGCAGGAUCAGGAUGCCGAGAGGUCCUUCCGGAAGUUCAAGCUCAUCUGUGAGGAGGUCCAGGGCAAGAACUGCCUGACCAACUUCCACGGCAUGGACAUCACCACUGACAAGCUCAGGUCCAUGGUCAAGAAGUGGCAGACCCUGAUCGAGGCCAACGUGGACGUUAAGACCACCGACGGCUACCUGCUGCGGGUGUUCUGCAUCGGCUUCACCAAGAAGAACCCCAACUCCGAGAAGAAGACGGCCUACGCGCAGCACUCUCAGAUCCGUAACAUCCGCCGCACCAUGGUGGAUACCAUCAACAAGGAGGUGGGCUCGGUCGACCUGAAGGAGGUCGUCAACAAGCUGAUCCCCGACACCAUUGCCAAGGACAUUGAGAAGGCCUGCAGCAAGAUCUACCCCCUCCACGAUGUCUACCUGCGCAAGGUGAAGGUGCUCCGCCGUCCCCGGUUCGACAUGAGCAAGCUGCUGGAGCUGCACGGCGACAGCAAGACCACCUCGUCCAACGUCGGCGAGGCCGGCGCGCCCGUCGAGAAGGCCGACGGAUACGAGCCGCCAGUGCUCGACUCGGUCUAACUCUAGCGAAUACACGCGCGACGCUGUGAAA